AUGCUUACUAAUAUUGGAAGCUGUUUGAUCAAGCAGAUGCGCGACGAGGAGUUCCUGCCUCGGUCUAUGUUCCGCAUGGAUGAUAUCGUCGAAGUAGGAGGAGCCGUAGUUCGACUAAACAACGGCAAGAACCUUUCACCCAACACCCAGAUCCGUUUCCUGGGCUCAUACUACCCUGCGAUCAUCAUCAAGAUCGUUUACGCCCCUCAAUAUGAGAAGGCGAUGAGUCAGACCAGGCAAGCUAUACAAUGCAUGAACGGCCGUCUUCGCGUCGUGAUCAUCAUCAAGAUCGAGAAAACUUCUACACCACCGACAGCAACCGAGCAACCGGGCAUGCAAAGCGGCCCCGAGUCUAGCAAUACGAUCAUAUCCAAGCAAACAAAGAUGUCUGAGAUCCAUCGAAUCACAGCAACUCUCUUACAGCUAGGAACAACGCACGAUGCGAGACUCGCAAGUACCUUGGGCUUGGAUCCAACACACGACCACGAUCUCGUUGCAAUGUAUAUCCACCAGGAAACAGAAGUCUUUCCACAAGCUACACAGAAGACGUUCGUAUUCGAUUGGCGAUGCAUUUCUCCGGAUCCUUGGCAAUCAACUUCUCCGAUGCCGUACAUCAGCCUGUCCCUGAGUCCUCUCUCCGAGCUAGCUCAGAAAUACAUGGAGGAGGAUUCAGUCAUGGCGGGGCGCUAUCGUACACUUGAUCAUGUCGACUAUGGCCACAAGGUCUACUGGGAGUUCAUUCAGGGCGCUAGCCCGCCUGCCGAACCUUCUCAGGAAUAA